AUGGUUCCUCCGACGUCAAACACUGUCGAGCGGCUUUUCUCUCAGUGCAAGCUGGUAUUGACACCGCAGCGUCGAUCUAUGCUUCCGGCCAACUUCGAGCAGCUGGCGUUUCUCCAGGUCAACCGCGGCAUGUGGGACGUUUCCACAGUAGCCCGAGUUAGCAAGCAGCAGGGUAGCUAA